UCCGGCUUAUUCUUCAAAAGCUUGGUGGCUAUAGAUAUGCGAGAUAGCAAGUUGAAAGUAUUUGAACCGCCAAUUGUUCUUCAAUUACUCAAGACUCUAAAUCUUCGAUCCUCCAAGUCUCUGUCCGCAAUCCGCAAUAUCUACCGACUCCCUAAUAUUGAGACUUUGAUUCUUUCUCAUUGUUACAAACUGGUUGAUGUUUGUGAAACCAUUGGAGACCUAAUGAAUCUUGCUCUAUUGGACAUGUCAGAGUGUCGAAAGCUCUUCAGGAAACGAGCUUCAACGUCUGGUAGAGGAAGUCCACAACAAAUUUCCUUUUCUUUUCCACGUUCUUUAGUUUGGUUGUCCCUUAGAGACUGCACCCUUGAUGUUACUGAAUAUUUUUCUCCGAGUUUCAGCAUUCAACCAAAAUUGCAGUACCUGGAUUUAGGCAGAGGUUGGUUUGAAAGCUUGCCCAGCUACAAUCAUCUUGAAAAUCUUAGGGUCCUUAACUUGACUUUAAGCCAUAGACUUAAAUGGCUUCUCUGUCUUCCAAGUGCACUUGCAGAAUUGUAUGUAUAUGAUUGUUACUCACUAGAGAAAAUAACUUUUGAAUCACAUCGGUUCACACUGCAUGAGUUUGGCUAUGAAAAUUGUGCUCAGUUGAGUGAAGUCGAAGACUUCUUUAAAUUGGUGCCAGUAGCCAAACUUGAUGAAACUGAUUUGGGACACUUGAAGUGGCUAAAAAAAUAUCAACAUCAUGAGGUGUUCCUGGUUGGUGAUUAUCAUAUCAUCGAAAACAAAAGACAAAAGAUCCAGAUGUUGUAUGAAUUUGGUAUCUUGAGCACGUGCCUGCCAGACAUAAAGGAUCCAAACAUAACACCUGAGUAUAUAUCAGAAUCAACAUCUCUGUCCUUUGAGGUGCCUUCAUCUCCCGUGGAUAGGAUGCUCAUAGGAUUAAAUCUAACUUUCAAGUUUACAAUAUCAUCAGGUCAAGAAUGUGCAUGGUUUGCUAAAAUCCGUACCAACAAUGGUGUUGAUUUGAUGUACAAUCCCAAAGUCUUUGGCGAUCCUGGAGAUGAGGGAGCUGGCAUAUGGUUAAGUUAUUGGCCAAUAGGAAGCAAGUUAUUAGUGGGAGAUGAAGUUAAUGUGUCUGUCAUUGUAAUGAGUGGUUUCUUGAAGGUACAUGAGUGUGGUGCAAGCCUUGUGUAUGCAGAUGCUGAUGAAACCAUGAAAAUUAACAUGCCAUGGAUAGAAACUCUUGGAGGGGAUUUGUCUGCAUUUAAACUAAUGACAGGAGCGUACUAUCUUUGUCGACGUGAUUUUUUCAUGUUAAUGGAGGUUGGCAUAUUGACACCAGGUUGGCUCAGUAUUUUAGUCGGUGAUACCAUUGAUGAUAGAGAUGUACGAGGAUGGAGAAAGACAGGUCGACCUAAGCCACCAUUUAACCCAUCACAAACAGAGUUGUACCCAUCAUUUAACCCACCACGAAUAGAUUCGCCACGUCCAUCACUUACAGAAUCGGAAAUCUCAUUCUUAGAAUUCGAGAUGAUGCAGAGGCGCAUUGAGAGACUACGAUUUGGGGCAGAGACAAGGAGUUGGGGUCGUGGGGCCCAACAAAAUAAAUUCUAGAAAGCCUUUUUUUUUAACUUAUAGUUUUUAUCUAUAUGUGAUUGGGCCCCAAAAAAAUAAA